AACGUUAGAUCACGCUGGAUGCAGCAUGAGACGAUAUUUUAAAAUAAAUAUGUAAUACAAAAUACGUGGGAUGAUUUAUAUAGUUAAAACUAUAUACGCGAUGUAUGACACAACACUCUCCUAUUAGUAUGACAGACAACAGACUGAUCUUCAAUAGACUAAUACAUACAUACACACAAGCAUGACCUAACUCAGUCAGCAGAAGCAGAAGCUUAGCUCCCUCUCCCUUACUCCCUCUACCACUACAAUCUUCAUUUUAUUGUACAAUAGGGUGUGGGUGCAUUUCAGAGAUCCAUUAUAAGAUGUGUGCAUACAAAAAGGAGAAGAAAUGUCGACGAUUGAAUGGAUUAAAAGUAAACGAUUGCUUGUAAUGAUUAAGGCAGUGUAUCAAAGCCAACUAUGAGUGUAAUUUUUAGUACAGAUGAGGGAUGGAUAAUAUCCCAUUUGCGAUAUCUUAAUGAUAUUUAUAAAAAUGUAAAGGACUGCAACACCCAAUAUAAGUUAAUUUUCAAUGAGACUUUGUUCGAAAUUAAUUCUCAAUAUUUACGUCAGAAUCAAAUAACUAAACACGAUCGACACGAAGAAAAUUUGUUACAAAAUAAGAAUAGGAAACGAAAAAGAUCGAAGCUCUUGCCAGCGGAAGAUCUGAAAGAGAUCGAUUAUGUUAAACAAGCAUUUAACCAAAUAAUAUUGUCCGCAAAAACAGAAGGCUUAUUUGUUUCUAAUGUUAUUCCUAAUAAUAAUGAGGCAGCACGCUUAGGAUCACAAAAAUUUUAUCAGGACACAUUUUCCAUGGAGGAAGAAUAUUUUUAUGGUUGCAAUGAUGCAGAAGUAGCUAUUAUAUCUGGAACGAAAGAAAAGAAAUAUGCAUUUCCAAAGAAAUGUAAAUUUUAUUGUUAUGAUGUGAGAGAUAUUAACAAGAAAUUGGAACUGAACAAUCAGUAUGAUUUUAUAUUGUUGGAUCCUCCUUGGUGGAACAAGUCUAUAAGAAGGAAAAAAACCAAAUAUCUGGAAGCUAGUUAUAAAAUGAUGUACAACGAGGAGUUGGCCAAGAUACCAAUUGGGAAGUUAUUGUGUGCAAAUGGACUUGUAGCAAUAUGGUGUACCAAUGCACCCACUCAUUUGAACAGUAUUUUUAAUGAUAUAUUUCCAUCAUGGGGUAUAACUUUUAAAGCAAAGUGGUACUGGAUAAAAGUCACCCAAGCAGGAAAUACAAUAUGCAACUUUAACUCAGCACUUGGAAAGCAACCUUACGAAUUGCUAUUGCUGGGAUCUGUAUUAAAUAACAAUGAAAUAAACAUUCCUGAUGGAAAAUUAAUAAUGAGUGUUCCAAGCGCAGUACAUUCUCACAAACCACCUCUUACUGAAGUCAUGAAAGAAUAUCUUCCACAUGAGCCAAAGUGUUUAGAAAUAUUUGCAAGGUAUUUACUUCCCAACUGGACAAGUUGGGGACUUGAAGUUUUAAAAUUUCAGCACUUGUCACUCUAUACAGUUAUAGAGGACUCACAAGAAGCUCAAAAUAAUAGUAAAACGGAUGUAAAUAAAUUAAUUAAGUAAAAUUAUAUAUAGUGAAACAAUAAAUAUUUCGAUGUUACUGUUCUUUUUUAUUAUUAUCAUAAAUUAAUCAUUAUACAACAUUUCAAUUAUAUCAUUAUGAUGUGCCAUUUACAUGCUCACUAAUACCAUUUUUAACUGUUGUACGAUAGCCAUGUGGAUUCUUUGUUUGCCACCUCCAAAAGUCUUCACCUGUUCAUUAGAAAUAUUCUUAGAAAAUUGUUGAUACACAUAGUAAAUAAAUUAGUUAACUUACA